AUGGCGGCGUCCAUGGCAGAUGCCGGGGUGUUUGAGAAGUGGCUGAAUGAUCGGCUAGACUACUUAGAAGUGGACCAGGAGGUGUAUGGAGCUUAUAUUUUAGGAAUACUUCAAGAGGAGGAGAGUGACGAAGAGAAGGAGGACGCACUGCUAGGAAUUCUAUCUGCGUUUUUGGUAAAUAUACAGCAGGCAGACAUGCCAUGCUUGCGCCGCGGUAGUCAAUAGCUGGUUAACGUGCUCAAUGGUUACAAGUGGGUGUAAACUACGCUAACUAACAACUGAGUGACUACAAUCGAUCUGUUCCCUAUAACUAACUGGUAACAACAUUAGCUAAAUGUGCCAAUCUAGCGUUAGCCAUAUUUGGAGAUGGGGGUUAGGCGAAUCAAACCUGAAGUUAUCCAGACCCUUUCUAUUAUUAGCCGGCUAGCCCAUAUUGAGACUCUCACGACUCCAGCUGGUUAGAAGGAAGCUGAGCUGGACAGACAAACAGAUGAUUCAUGACAUACAGCAGGGUGGCCAAGCCUCGAGAGCUACUGGGUACCGACCCGUAUGCAGGUUUUAGUUGUUUUUACUAAUCAGCUGCUCGUCAGGUUCAGUUGAAUUAAGUUUGUUAGAUCAGGGUUGGAGCAAAAGCCUACAUGGUCAGUAGGCUACUCCAAAAGUUGGCAACCCCUGACAUAGAACAUUAUACUAACUGAUGAUUCACUGCAGCCCAAUAUGGCGAGUGGGUGGGUCGAAAGAAAUGCAGUGGCCCCCCUUCCAGCAUUGGAGAACAUCCCAAGCCACCCAUGCGUGAGCGCAACAUCUAUUUCUAUGGGCACAAGAACUGUUCAUGACACAAACUGUUCACCCCUCUUGUUGGCUGAGAGAACAUUUGGAAGGUUUAAAGGUUUUCCUGCAGUUCUAAACUUUCAAGAGUAAGUUGAAAGCCAGACUGAGUCAAAAAAAACUGGCCCGCAAAUUGCUUUUGCGUUGUAUGUGUGUGCUUACUGUGACUGUCACCCCGAUAUUGGCUACUAGGUAGCUACUUCCCACGCUGUUGCCGGACAGAAGUGCUUGGCAAGCGGGAGCGAAGGUGUCCCGGUGUUGUUGCCGUUCAUGCCCUCCCCAUUGAGUAGUAGAUUUUAUGUAUGUAUCAAGGUGACAUCUGGAUGGUUAUCAAUAUUAGUUAUUUCUUGUAUAGGCUACUAUCCUACUUGAAAUCAAAUCAGUGGAAGGAACAUUUUUUUUGCCAUGUUAGACUACCACCGGCGACACGACCGUGAUACAGCUGCCCAGUAGGAGGCACCUCAGGUCGGCAGGCAUGUCGAUACAACACCUGUACGCUGGCCGCUGGCUUAUCGACUCGUCGUGCAGCCCAAUCAGCCAACCAUAACGGUCUUGCGUGGCAACAAAUCUGCCCAAUUAGCGGAUUCACUUUCCAUACACCCACCCCUUUCAACACACCCACUCGCCCAUACUCCGGUUGCCAUAUUGGGCUGGAGCUAUCCAUACUUCUCUCAAAGUAGUGAUGUUCAAAUUCACUAACUAAAUGCAUCUCCAUACUCUACUGUCUUCCAUGCACAGGAGGAUGAGAAACUUGAAGAUGUCUGCAAAGAGAUCAUUAGUCAGUGGGCUGAGAGCUGUGCCCAGUCUGCAACCAAAAACAAGGAGGAUGGUAUGAACAUGAAUCAAAAGCUAAAAAUUUAAAGACAGAACAUUAUUCUAGCUUUACUUUCAGACAUGAGCUAAUAGCUGGAGCAGCCAUUGUAUGGAUUAUCUGUUGAAUUUCCUCUCUCUCUCUGUCUGUAGUUGAGGUACUGGCCAUUGCCAAUCUGAUAGAGAAGCAGGCACAGAUUGUGGUGAAACAGAAGGAAGUAUCCGAGGAGUCCAGGAAGAGGAAAGAAGUUAAAGAAGCAGUCCUGGCUCAAUAUGCCAAUAUCACAGAUGAUGAGGAAUAUCCUUAG